AUGUCUAAAGACUUAUUUAGUGCAGCAGCAUUAGCUAUAAUGUUAGUUUUUGUGAUAGUAAAGGCUGAUAAUUAUGAUGAUAAAUCUGGUGAUGAUGACGAUCAAAACCACAAUUCACUAGAAUCUGAAAGUGUUGAAGUAUACAAUUCAAGUUCAAAAGAGAAACCGGAAAGAGUGACAGGUGUAAAAAGUCAUAUGAAGGAUAAUGACGUGUAUGCGUGUAAGGACACCGAACUAAUCACAAAAAAGCAAGUUGGCAUACGAAAUUAUAAGACCAAUUAUCCGUACUUGGUUUCCGUUCAGAAAAAAGGGUCCCACUAUGCCUCUGGUGCCCUGGUAGAUAAGAGGUGGAUAUUGACUGUAGCUAGAGAGUUUUAUAAUGUAAGAGAGUCGAUAAAACUAUACAAAGCUCGUCUUGGAUCAGUAAACUGCAAGAAAGGCGGUGAUCUGGUUCCACUGAAAUGGAUUGAAGUCCACCCCUUAUAUGUUUAUAAUGAACCAAAUUUUGACCUCGCUAUGUUGAGAAUAGCAAAGGUUUUAGAAUUUUCAGAAUUUAUAAGACCUAUUAAAUUAUCGAAUGUAAAAGGACAAGUUGUGAAUGCCAAACUUUUAACGGCAUACUGGCCUAGAUUAUUAAUAAAUGGCAAGGUACUGCCAGAAAAUGCGAAUGAACGGCUGAAACCGAACAGCUUGAGAGUUUCAAAACAAAGUUUGAUACCGUGGAACAAAUGCUACAAACUAAGUCAGAUACAAAACUUUAGUCUAGACGCCUCCAGUCUUUGUCUAGAACCUAUUAUUUCUCACCACAGCCCAUGCACGCCUGACGCUGGAGCUCCGAUAGCAGCCGAUGACUAUCUCUGGGGCAUCACGUCCGGCUGGACGUCACUAGCAUGUUCGUCAUAUCCAAGUCCAACGAUCUUUACACGAAUCUCCUCAACUCGCAUACGCUCCUGGUUAGAUUCAUUGUUAUGA